AUGCGCUUGAGCCAGUGGAUGACCAAGCGCCUUGGCGGCUGUGUCCCCGCCAGGUCUUGGCGCCGCAAGAAAAAACCCACAAACAACAACUCCAACGGCUCCCCUCCUCACAACAUCGAGGUCAGGCUAACCCGCCGUUGGAUUUUUGUUCGGCCUACACCCCCACCCCCACCACAAUCACAACCAUCACGGUCCCCUCCCCGCCCCACCACGUCCUCCUCAUCGUCGUCGUCGUCAUCCGUGGGUGCAUCCUCCACCUGUUCGACAGACCCAUUGACAGGUCCUGUCUUUACCGGUCAGCAAUUGGCUCCGCCGUCGUCGUUGUCACCGCCACCAUCACCACGAUCGUGCAAUCCUCCAACUAGGGAGGUCAAAAAACUUCGGAAGAGCAAGUCGACUGCUUCAAUUCCGAAGCAGAUCAUUCGAAAACUUUCGGUGACCCCGCCGAGGACGGUUGUUCCAGCCGCUCCUGUCGCUCCUGUCGUUGCUGUUACUGCUCCUGCUGAUAAGGUAGCAGGAAAGGACGACGAGGAAGAGGAAGAGGAGAUCCAUCAGAGAGGAUCGGGAGGAGAACUAGAAGGAGGAAACGAAGAAGAAGAACUAGCUAGACAGCUCUUCGGAAUAGAAAGUCUUGGUCAUUACGACCGGAUUUGGGAGAGAGUAGCUGAAUACCUCCCUGAAGCAACUGUCGUCUACGAACACGGACGACCAGAUAUAGAAGGAGAGGGCGAAGGAAUAGGAAAGAGAAAGGAGGAAGUAGAAAGAAGAGUUGACGAAGACCCAGUGCAGUCUGUCAUUGUGCAACAGGCGGCUGGCGAGUCCUCCUUUCACUUACCUCAGGGUACAGUAACGUCGGUCAUUGUGCAAUCGACGGCUGUAGAGGAAGUUCAGGCAGAGAGAGUGGUUGAUCCGGUCAUUGCGCUAUCGGACGCUGCUGUUAUCGAUAAGGAGGAUAGGAAGAGGGAUAAGAAGAAUAAGAAGGAAGGAGAAGAAGAAAGGGACGGAGAGUCAUCCCCUGUGUUGUUGUCGUUGUCUAGGACUGAACAACGUCCAUCAAAUUCAUCUCGUCCAUCGACAUCAUCGUCGGAGUCAUCAUCAUCGGAGUCAUCAUCGACAUCAUCACAAACAUCAUCAUUAUCAUCAAGGAAUCUUGGAAGCGCGAUCAAAACCACUACAAAAGUCAAGACAAAAACCAUCACACAGCUGCCGACACCGUCAGCUUCAGCUUCAGAACAAGAAAACGACUCAGAUAACGAUUCCGGUUUCACACCGACCCCACUAGACAUCGUGGACGAAUCAGCAGAUUUAGCUCGUUCCAAGGCGAUCUCCGGUUGGUGUCUCCAACAGGAAGACGACCAAGACGUUCCUGGUCCUGGUUCCCUUGAAAUUAGCACUUAUCCUUAUCCCCGCUCCACUCCUGUUCUUUCUGAAAAUCAUCGAACCUGUCAACCAAAACCAUCAAUCCUCAAACCAUUUUCCCCACCCCUCAUUCAUCCAGACAUGACUACCCUACCUGACAAUACUAAACCCGGCGAUGUUGCCGUUGCUACAGCCCCUCCUGCUAAGGGCAAGAAGGCCCCAGCUGACAACAAGGUCGCUGGUGCCCAGGCUUCUUCUGGUGAAAAGAAGCUUACUGGUAAGGAAUUGAAGGAAGCGAAGAAGGCAGAAAAACAGGCUCGUCGUGCCGCUGACAAGGUUCAACGUGGUGACGUUCCCGAUGCUUCAGCAGCUUCCGCCAGUGGUACACCAACCAAGCAAAACCAGGCUUCUUCCUCUUCAGGAACUCCUAGGUCGACACAGCAGCAACAGGGACAGAAGGGAAAACAGCAACAGAUCGCUCCUUCCGUUGAUGGAGAUGCGAAGACUGUUGCAGAGCCCGAGAACAAACGAAUCCCAUUCUUCGAACACCUCAGGGAGAACAAACCGCCUAUUGAUUUGGCUACUAUCAAUAGAGACGUCCAUCCGUCUAUCGUUCGCUUGUCAAUGAAGUUGCGUAACUUCGAGAUCAUUGGGUCUACCGCUCGCUGCCUCUACACGCUUUUGGCCUUCAAGGAGGUCAUCAAUGACUACUACACUCCGGAAGGCGUUGCUCUUUCGCGUAACCUCACACAGCACUUGAACCUCCAAAUUUCACAAAUUGCUAUUGGUCGAAAGCUAUCCAUCUCCCAAGGAAAUGCUAUUCGAUGGCUCAAGACCAUUGCUUCACGUAUUCCACCAGAGAUUCCCGACGAGGAAGCAAAGAAGGAUCUUAUCGCCUCGAUUAACACUUACAUGAAAGAACGUAUCAUCGUUGCUCAGGAUGUCAUUGCCAAUGUUGCCGCUGAUAAAAUUGCUAACGGUGACGUCAUCUUGACUUACGCAAAGUCUACCUGUGUUCAACGCGUCCUCCUCCGAGCUCUCCAUGAUGGCAAACAAUUCACAGUUGUUGUCAUUGAUUCACGUCCCUACUUCGAGGGUAGAGGAAUGGCUAGGGACCUUACUAAAGCCGGAAUCCAAGUCAAAUACACUACCUUGCAUGCUCUUGAUCACGUCAUGAAAACGGUCAACAAGGUCUUCCUCGGUGCUCAUGCUGUCUUUGCCAAUGGUGCCUGUUACUCGAGAGCCGGAACUUCCGCAGUCGCAAUGACAGCUGCUGAGUAUCAGAAGCCAGUCAUGAUUUGCUGUGAGGGUCUCAAGCUGUCGGAUAAGAUUGUCAUGGACAGCAUCACAACCAAUGAGUUAGGCCCUACUGAGGCUCUCAUCGGCGAUGACAGUCCUCUCCAGAACCACGCUGAGAUUCCAAACUUGCAUAUCGUCAAUCUCCUUUUCGAUCUCACUCUUCCCAAGUAUAUCACCGCCCAAGGUGCUGCCAACAAGGACGACGGCGAUUCCCCACCUAACGAUUUCGAGCCAUUGGUCCCAUCCGACAAUCCUAGCAACAAAGCUAUUGAUGCCAGCGUCGCCGCUAAGGAUGGACCGAAGAAUGUUCGAUUCUCGUUGGAGAACGACGUCGCUCCUGAUCCCGGAGAGUGGGUUCGCUGGCCCAUCGAUGAUGAGCUCGGUAUCAUCUCACGUUAG